CAGACGGUGGCGUGCAGUGGCAUAAAAUUCAUUUUCUCAUUUCUGUGUGACUCUCGCGAGGUGUUUUUAUAGUGGCAAUAUGAGGAUUACUUUCUUCCUCCUCGCAGUGUUUCUUCCUUUGGGACUCACGCAUCGUAUUCUCGGAAUUUUUCCCUUGGGCGCAAAAUCUCACGACAUUCUCUACCAAUCAAUCGCCAAGGAACUGGCUGAGAGGGGACACGAGGUGACUGUCAUCAGGAGUCUCGCAGCAUCUCCAGAUACUCCUCAAGGCUACCGUGAGCUCCUCUUGAGCAAUGUGGAACCAAUUGUUGAUUCAUUCAACCUGAAUGAUUCCUUUGCACCCAGUCUCUGGAAUGUCUAUCGAGAUUUCUCCGGACUGAUCGAGAUGUCUGAGCGGGUGUGCACGAGCCUCCUAGAAUCGUCGGCUCUGAGCGAUGUGCUGACCAUUCACAAGGAGACCCCUUUUGAUUUAGUGCUAAUUGAGCUCUUCGCCACGGACUGUCCCCUGGGAAUUGCCAAUGAAAUGAAUUUGACCACAAUUGGCAUUAGUCCAUGCGCCCUAAUGCCAUGGCACUACGACAGAUUCAAUCUGAUGGAUUUCCCAUCAUUUGUGCCCACGGAAAGUUCGCCAUUUGCCACCAAAAUGACUUUCUGGGAGCGUGUGGAGAACUAUCUCAUUGGUAAAGUCAUGAAGAUACUCUUUAGAAAAAUCCAGGAGCAAGAUAAUGCCAUUCUGAAGGCACACUUUGGCAGACAUCCCAGGGAUGUGGACGGUCUGGCACGAGAAAUCGCCUUGGCUCUUGUGAAUCAGCACUUUUCCGUGAGUGGCGUGAAACCACUCAAUCCGAGAGUGGUUGAAAUCGGCGGAGCACACAUUAAAUACACCGAGGGAGGUCUUGCGGAGGAUGUGGACGCAUUCCUCACAUCAUCACCGACCGCUGGGGUGAUUUACAUCAACUGGGGCAGUGUUGUCAGAUCAUCAAGCCUCCCUGAGAGUCACUUGCAGGCGCUCAGGAGUGCCUUGGGCAGAUUACCCAUGCAUGUUGUGUGGAAGUGGGAGAGUGGAGUGCCCUUUGUCAACAAAUCGGAGCGGAUUCUCGUGAAAAGCUGGCUGCCACAGCUUCAGAUCCUGUGUCAUCCCAAGACAGUGCUUUUUCUGACCCACGGCGGUCUGCUCAGUGCCAACGAGGCGGCUUUCUGUGGCACCCCCGUAAUCGUGACGCCCAUCUUCGGUGACCAGCAUCUCAAUGGAGCGGCUCUGGUGGAGCGUGGCAUGGGAAUUCUCCUGCCACUCGAUGACUUCUCAGAAGACACCAUCUAUGCUCGUCUCACGGAGAUUCUCAAGCCACAGUACCAGCGUCAAGCUGAGCAGGUGCGCCUUCAGUUUAGGGAUCGCCUCAUGAACCCUUUGGACACGGCCAUCUGGUGGAUUGAGCACAUCGCCGCCGAGCCAGCAGCUGCUGAGCUCCUGCGAACACUCCCAGUUGACCUCAACUACAUGAAGAGCAACAAUUUCCAGGACCUCAUCCCACUGAUUUGGGCAGCAUUCGCCACGGUCAUUGGUUUCUGUCUGCUCGUGCUUGUGGCAAUUCCUGGUUUUGUGAGAAAAUUGAAGGAGAAAUUUGCAUGAAUAUUCAGAAUUGACAGAAAAAUCUCAACAACAAAUCCUACAUUCGAGGACGCUCCUCUCUCCAUUUGGCGUAGUAUGCAAAUUCAGUGGAAUUGUUUACAACCAGAGGAAAAUUCCGACGCUGCUGCUGCUGUAGAAAUUCCAAUGAAAUGUAAUCGCAGUAAAUAUUUAUUUAGUGUAUUCCUCACACAAUUGAUACUUUCAAAUGAAAUUAUAUCUUUGCGGAGAGUUUCUUAAGCACUUUUCCAGUGUUUGCUUGCUCCAUUUCGGCGUAAUAUCUUUGAUUGUUGGAUGGAUAUCUUGCGAAUGCAGACCAAAAAAAAACUGCCAAUGAAGGGAAACUCAAUUAGCGCAAAAUCUCAUUAAAUAUUCUGCCGUCGAAACAACAUAUAAGCGGAAACUUUUAAUUGGCCAACUGAGGAGAUCGGAAGCCGUGGAAAAUUCUUUUCGGGGAAAAAAAUUAACAAACAUUUCGUGCUUAUUUAAUUCCCCUAUGAUCCCUUGGAAAUAUUGCCGGGAAAUAUUCUUCCUAUACAACCAUAUUAAUAGUCAAUAUCAUCGUCAAUUUGCAUGAAUACUUGCGCCCAAUAAUGAAGGUUCCUGUCUUCCCAUAAUUUGAGUAUCAGUGACUGUGUUAUCAUAGAAAACACACGAAUUCUCCAUGCUGCAAAAUCAAUGGCGGCACGCUGCUGAAGUGGAGGGUGAGGAGUAUAAAUUUUUACUAGAAUCCUCUGAAGCGUCAGAAAUUCGAGAAGCAUAAUGAAUAAAUCAAUUUCAUGCAGAAUUAAUUGGUGAGAUUUAAAUAAAUCAUUUAGAAAUCGAUGGAAACAAUUUGAAUAAAUCAUUGUAAAUAUCGUAUGUGAAAAAUUCAGCUGUGCAC